CCCCUCCAAAAACAGAAACAAAAAUCUCAAUUAAAAUAUUUCCCCUCCUCCCCCCACCAUCACCGCUCGUCCGCCGUCUCUCCUUUUGGGCUCCCCGCGUUCCAAUUCCUCACCAGUCGCCAUUAGCCAGCUGUCACAAUGGGAAAAUCCUCCAAGGACAAGCGCGACGCCUACUAUCGCCUCGCCAAGGAGCAGGGCUGGCGUGCACGCAGCGCCUUCAAGCUGCUGCAGCUGGACGAGGAGUUCGACCUCUUUGCCAACGUCACCAGAGUUGUUGACCUGUGCGCCGCCCCCGGGAGCUGGUCUCAGGUGCUGUCCCGCGUUCUCAUCAAAGGAGAGAAGUUCGGCCGCUCAGCAUGGCAGGACCGCGAGGCCAAGUUCCGUCAGGAGAUGCUCGGUGUCUUCCCCGCCACCGCCGGAUCCGCCGCCGCAUCUGAGGCCAAGCAUGAGACUGAGGAGGCCGCGGACGAAGCUCAACCCCGCAAGGACGUCAAGAUCGUGUCCAUCGACCUGCAGCCCAUCAGCCCUCUCCCGGGCAUCAUCACGCUGCGGGCCGACAUCACGCACCCCGCCACCGUGCCGCUGCUGCUCAAGGCCCUCGACCCCGACUACGACGCCAACUCUAACAGCAAGCAGGCGACCGACCGCGUCGACCUGGUCAUCAGCGACGGCGCCCCCGACGUUACCGGUCUCCAUGACCUGGACAUCUACGUCCAGUCCCAGCUACUCUUCGCCGCGCUCAACCUCGCCCUCUGCGUGCUGAAGCCGGGCGGCAAAUUCGUCGCCAAGAUCUUUCGAGGCCGCAACGUCGACCUUCUCUACGCCCAGCUCAAGAUCUUCUUCGAGACCGUCAUCGUCGCGAAGCCGAGGUCGUCCCGUGCGAGCAGUGUCGAGGCGUUCAUAGUGUGCAUCAACUUCCAGCCCCCCGCCGGCUUCCAGGCCAGCCUCGAGAACCCGCUGGGCGUUGGCCACCAGCUUCCCGAGAUGGUGGAAGAGCGCAGGAGCCAGCUGCCUGCCAUAGCCGAUGCGCUGAUGCAGGACGCUGCCACGGGCAAAUGGAAUGCUGCUCCCACCGCGUCGGCCAGCAGGGGCGAUGGACGGAUCGUAGAGGUGGAGGCGUACGACGAGACGGACGAGACCACGGAUCACGAGAAGAACAUUAGAUGGAUCGCUCCCUUCAUUGCUUGCGGCGACCUGUCGGCCUUCGACUCUGAUGCCUCCUAUCAAUUGCCCGAGGACCACGUCUCUCUCGACCCCGUGCAGCCCCCGACUGCACCUCCCUACAAGCGCGCCAUCGCACUGAGAAAGGCCGCCGGCGGAGCGUACGGCAAGACCUCCGUCAAGGUGUAAGCCAUCCGCUCGAGCACAGCCAAUAACCCAAAUGCAAAUCUUCCCACCCAGAUGCAAGCUCAGUCUUCGUCGUCGGCGUCCGCCGGGCCAUCGGGCAUCACGGGGCCUCGCUUCUCGAGCAGAUACAGCUUCCCUGAGUGCGAUUGGCCCCACUCAACAGUUCCCAACGCCUGCUCAUACAGCUUGCUCGCCUGCGGCGACGAGGUUAAGAGCAAGAAGCGCCGCAGGUCCGGCCACUCGUCCAAGAUCUCGUUUAGGCACUCCAUCAGCCAGGGAGCCAGGCCCUUGCCCUGGUGCGAGGGCAGCACGUAGAUGUCGGCCAGGUAGCCAAUGGUGACAUAGUCCGUGACGAUUCGAGCGAGGCCCACGAGCUCGGGACCCUUUUUGCCUAGGUACUGCCAGUCGGAACAGAGCACACCGGAGUAAAGGGGCGACAAGGGGGGG